UUCGACUAUUCUUUUUUAUUUAUUUUUCUUGUCUGAUAAGCAAUACGCACCCUCAACGAUUAAGUAGUAGUCUUCUGAGUAUGUGAGGUUGGCUUAAUUCUGUUACAGAGUAAUAUUAGUUUGCUGUAACUCCCUGGAACAGAAUGUCUAUUGUUGUUUCUCUCCUACGCCAGCCUCGGCUGAUGUGCCAUCACAUUGUAACAUGCAGGUCCAGCAGUUCAUUGAUUAAUACCCCAGAAAAGGAAAUUUCAUUCGCUGAUCAUCGUACUGCCUAUGCUCAUUUAAGCCGUACCGAAAUUCUGAGGGCUUGGAUUGUGCUCAAAUUGUGCUCUUUUGAUUUCUUGUUGCAAAACAGUUUGAAGGUAUUGGAGCAUAGUCAGCGGGUGUUAGGGCGCGGAUUAUUGGAAAAAAUCCUUCGACCAACUCUGUACGAUCAGUUUGUUGCUGGAGAUGAUCCACAGUCGCUGAAAGAGACGGCCAACAAGUUGAAGAAAGUUGGCAUAAAACUAAUGAUCCUUCCAUCACUAGAAGAAGACGUUGGGCAGAAAAGUGACGAAAAUCGGUACAAUUCUAAUGUAGAAGUGACACUACAAUUAGCUGAAAUAGCGUAUCAUCAUGGUGGUCCCUUGUCGUGUCUCCAGACAAAAAUCACUGCUUUAAUCAGCGCUGAUUUGUUGCUUAAAUUAGCCGAGCGCAAUCGAGACAAAGAAGACCAGUUCCGCACGAUAUCUUCAUGGGCCAAUUAUAUGGCCGGUGGAUUGCUUGCCCCUGUGUCAUAUCUUGAUAAAACAGAAAACAUUGAAUUGGAGAAGGGGCUAGAACGAUUAAAAAGCGUAGGCGCUUUCGCAUCUGGUCUCCAGUUCCGUUUACUCGUCGACGGAGAAUUUACUUAUUUGAACCAGGCCAUCUCCAUCGCUGCGUUAUCCAUGGCCGGUGCUUUUAACCAAUCAAGACCCGUAGUAUGGAACACGUAUCAGUGCUACUUGAAGGACGCCUUUGAAAAAAUUUGCAGUGAGCUCGAAAUCACCCAACGAAUGGGAGUCGGUUUUGGAGCUAAAAUAGUAAGGGGUGCAUACUUGGAACGCGAACGUCAACUAAGUGUGGAAGGAAAUUAUCCAGACCCUACAAAUCCAUCCUACGAAGCUACCUCGGACGUUUACGAUAGGGCGGUAGAGUACCUACUGGAAGAAGUAGUUCGCUCUGGAGGUCAACGCUGUAAUGUCAUUGUGGCCAGUCAUAACGAAAAAUCCGUGCUAAAAGCCUUGACGAAAAUGAGAUCACUGGGUAUUUCACCAAAAGACAACACUGUAGUUUUUGGUCAAAUUUAUGGCAUGGCUUCAAAUAUUACUGUGAAAUUAGCUUCCGAAGGAUACAUUGUGUAUAACUCUGUACCUUAUGGUUCGCUAUUUGAUGUACUGCCUUACCUAUCACGACGAGCCACAGAGAACCGAGCUGUCCUCAAAGGCACUAGACGUGAACGGACAUUACUGGCACGAGAGCUCAGAGCUCGUUUUCUUGGAUUUUAAAUUCGAGAUUUAAUAUGAAAAGGAGAAUCCACUUAGAAAUGGGAAAAUUUAAGAGCACCACUUGUGAAGGACUUCGCUUAGUAACGCAUUAGGUAAAUGUCUUCGUAUUGCAGCUCUAUGUACACAAGAUUUCAAAGACUCCAGACAAAUUUCAGUUUGACGUGCAAUUAGUUGAUAACGUCACCAUUCCUAUCUCUUCUGGUCAUGUUUGUAAUUAGAAAUAGUAUGCAGAGGUUUAAAAAUCAAUGAAAGGUGAUUUGGCAAUUUCA